CUCUUAUCCAACCUCUCCCAACUCAUCUCCUCUUUCUCUCUUUGUAUCUCUCUCUCCCUCUCUCUUCCCCGCCACUCUCUAACCCGUGAGACCCGUGAGAAUGCGCGUUUCGGCGCUCCUCGCCCUCCUCCCGGCUCUUGCCACCCUCGCCCAGGCUGCCCCCACCGCCUCGGCCGCCCCGCGCAAGUCGCUCUCCUUCGGCCCAACGCACAGCCACGCGUCUUUCGAGAGCUUCCCCGCCCCCGCCGGAUUCUCCAAGCGCGACGUAGAGGAAGACCCCAAGCGCGCCGCCGCCCAGUUCAUUGCCCACCGCCUCGGCGUCCGCGAAGGCGAGGGCUUCUUCAUCCGCGAGGACUCAUACACCGACCCAAGAACACUCGUCACCCACGUCUAUGCUACCCAGCUCAUUGACGGCCUCGAGGUCGGAGACGGUAACAUCAACGUCAACCUCGACCGUGACGGCAAUGUCCUCUCGUGGGGCAACUCAUUCUACCCCGGCAAGCAUGCCAAGCGCGACCUCUCCGACUCGGAGCGCCAGCGUGCCUGCGAUGCCCUAGUCACCAAGAUUGCAGAGCACCAGGACGCUCUUAACGAUGUCAUGCCCGACUCGGGUCCCUGGGGCUUCGCCAAGCAGGCCGCCAAGGUCUGGUUUGGCGACUGGAUUGACAUCGACACCGGUGACGAGGAGGCUGCCCGCCGCAUCACCAACAAUAUGGCCCGCGUCCAGCACCACUACGAGGCCAUGUGCAACCACAAGCCGAACAAGAGCGGCCAGUACCUCACCGAGACUGAGGCCCUUGCUUCAUUCCUCGCCCGCGUGUCGUCGAACAUUGUCGACCCGGAGGACCUCCACGCCACCCCCCAGCACAAUCUCAAGCCCAAGCACGCGCCCUCCGAGCCACCUACUAUGGUGAUCGGUGGCAAGGCUCUCGCCGCCGCCGACGUCCGUGGCACUGUCCCUGCACGUGUCAUGUACACUCAGACCGAGGGCGAGCCCCGCAUGGUCUACAAGUUUGAGGUCGAAAUGGCCGACAACUGGUACGAGGCUUAUGUCGAUGUCGAGACUGGCGACCUCAUCCGUGUUGUCGACUGGGCUCACGACUUCUCCGAGCUUGAGUACAAGGUCCGCAACUCCAAGGACCCCAAGCAGAAGCCCCAGAAGCCGCCCAAGGCACCCAAGGGCGAGAAGUACUCGUACAACGUCUUCCCUUGGGGCGUCAACGACCCACAGGAGGGCAAGACCAAGAUCGAGGUCAAGCCUUGGGACAACGUUGCCUCGCCGCUGGGUUGGCACACUUUCCCCACCUCGUCGAACCCUUGGGACCACAAGUUCAAGGGCACGACCAAGGACGGCAACAUGACUAGUGUCGCGUCGACCGUCGGCAACAAUGUUGUCGCUCACGAGGACUGGGAGGGCCGCAACAACUUCCUCGACAACUACCGCCCUGUCAGCGAAGACUACGUCUUUGUUUACGACUAUGGAGAGCCCGACGGCGCAGCGCCCAAGAAGUACAUUGACAUGGUCGUCACCCAGCUCUUCUACACCUGCAACAAGUACCACGACCUGCUCCACCGCGUCGGCUUUGAUGAAGUAUCGGGCAACUUCCAGAUGUACAACUUUGACAAGGGCGGUCGGGGAGCCGACCCUGUCAUCGCGAAUGCCCAGGAUGGUUCGGGCUACAACAACGCCAACUUCAUGACUCCACCAGACGGCACUGCACCCCGCAUGCGCAUGUACAUCUGGGACACUGCGUCGCCUUACCGCGACGGUGACCUCGAGGCCGGCAUCGUCAUCCACGAGUACUCGCACGGCCUGUCCACUCGUCUGACCGGCGGCCCCGCGAACUCGGGCUGUCUCGGCUGGGGUGAGGCUGGCGGUAUGGGCGAGGGUUGGGGUGAUGCGAUUGCGACCAUCAUCCGUCAGGUGCACGAGCACAAGGCCUUUGAGAACGGCACCGACAUCUACCCGAUGGGCGCGUGGGCCGCCAACCAGGAGAAGGGCAUUCGCAACUUUGCCUACACGACGAACAGCACUGUGAACCCGUCGACCUACAAGACGCUCGACAAGCCCGGCUACUGGGGCGUGCACGCCAUCGGAGAGGUGUGGGCCGAGUUCCUCUUUGUUCUCAACCAGCGCCUGAUCGAGAAGUACGGCUUUUCGACCACGCUCUUCCCGCCCGAGGAUCCCAGCAAGCCCAACGACUACUACACUAAGGACUCGGGCAAGCUUGACGCCAAGGGCCGCCCGACGCCGCUCGUGCCCAAGCACGGCAACACGCUCGCGCUGCAGCUCAUCGUGAGCGCCAUGAAGCUCCAGCCCUGCCGCCCCACGUUCUUUGACGCGCGCGAUGCCAUCAUCCAGGCCGACAAGGCGCUGACGGGUGGCGAGAACGCGUGCAUGAUCUGGGAUGCGUUCGCGGAGCGCGGUCUCGGCUCGGACGCCCGUAUCGUCGGCCAGACGCCAUGGGGCGGCGGUGUGCGCGAGGACGGCUUCAAGGUCCCCUCGACCUGCAAGUAGGCGGCUGCACGCCCGGCGCGCAGGGCUGCGCUCCGGACCUCAUCUAUACCCAUCUUGAAUCUGAAGCAAUGUUGAAGUCUUGUAGCUGUCUCCUCGCGUCUUGACGUAGAGUAUACAAGUGUACAAUGUAUGUUGAAGUAUGCGGAG